AUGUUGGAGUUUUAAAUUAAUAAAUUAUAAUUCAAUCAGAUAUUUUUUGGGAGACUUUGUUCAUCAAAUAAACUUAUAGAAGUAAUAGAUAGAAGAAAUCAUCAAAUUUAUUCAGAAAAAUUUUAGUUCGUUAUAAGUCCUUGAAUAAUCUUCAAGUUAAAGUGCAAUUUCUGUAUCUGAAAUUAAAAUCAAUAAUAUCAAUAUUGCGAACGAUAUUUUAAAGAAAUAAUAAAAAAUUAUUUAGUCAUUUUUCAAUCAAGAAGAAAAAUAAUAAUCAAGCUCUGUUUAACAAUAAAGAAGGAGAAAUUAAUGAAUUUUUGGUUGAAGAUUCUUCAAAUAAGGAUGUUUUACUUUUAAGGGGAAUAGCAGGUUCAGGUAAGAGUAGGGCUGCUGCAAAAAUAGAAGAGUUUUUAUGGUAAAAAAUAGAUUCAAAAGAAUCUUCUUGGAUUCCUAUUUAUGUUUCAUUGCCAACAUUGAAAGAACCAAAAUUCAAUUUAAUAGAUUAGGCAUUAGAGUCAGAUUUUUAUUAAUUUGACAAAAUAUAAGUUAAAGAGUUUAAAGAGGCCUUUUAUAAGAGGGUUUGAAAAUUAUUCUUUUCCUAGAUAGCUAUGAUGAGAUGAAGCAAGAUUUAAUUUAAUCAAAUUUAUAUCAAACUAAUAGAUUUUAAAAAGAUUUAUUUGGUUUUGUUUAAGAUUCUAAAUAAGUAAAGGAAUAAUUAAAAGUAAUUACAUCAAGUAGUUACUAAACUUGGUUUUAUGGGGAGAAACUAGAAUCUUUAAAGGAAGUUGAAUUACUAGGGAUUAAUGAACAUAAAUAUUUAGAGGAGUACAUUUUGCUAACUUUAAAAAAAGAAUUUAUUGAGCUUUAUGGUUUUACUAAAUAAAUGAUAAAACAAAGAAUAGAUAUAGAAGAAUUUUGCACAUUUUGGCAGAAGAUAUCAUAUUAUUUAAUUCAAAAUCAAAAUAAUUCCAGGAAAAAUCAGUUUAUCAACGAACAGCAAGCAAGAUAAAUAAUAUAAAUUCUCAAAUUAGAAAUAAUUUUUCAAAAAAUAUCUAAGGAGUAAAUUGUCAAUUUAGAAAAGACAAUUAUGGAUUUAUGGGGAAUACCAAAAUUUGAAAAAUUAAUUAUUAAUGCUCAAAUAUAACAUAGAUUAACUACUCCAUUCAUGAUGGAGAUAGUUGUUUAAGUUCUUCCGACAAUGACAAAAAAGUAUUUUGAUGCAUCAACUUUUAAAGAUAAGUUUAUCAAUAAUUAUGAUAAAAUAAAAUUAGAAACUCAAAUUGAAUAAUAAUAAAUAUAAAAGUACGAAAAUAGCUAUUAAUAGUUUUAGAAGAAUUUAUUGAAAUUGAUUUUAAAUUUAAAGCUUUAAAAAUUUGGGAUUAGCUAUAAAAGGAAUAAUAUUUGCAAAAAUUCUCUCUAAUUGGCAAAAUAAAAAAAACAGAAUUAUUAACAAUAGAUAAUGCUGCUAUAUUGA